AUGUCUAGUGCUACUACAGCUACUUUACCUACUUCUAUAAUGACUCCAUCCGCAACAACUUCUCCCAUAAUUCCUUCAAUUCAUUCAUCAACAACAACAACAACUACUAAUACCACUACUACUACUACUACAUUGACAUCGUCUUCUCCUUCUUCUUCUUCUCCAAAAAUCCCUCAACCUUCACGUCAUGAAAAGAAAUCUAGAGCUCAACAAUUGAAGAAAUUGGAACGAUCUUUACAAAAAUUUGUUCAUCAACCAAAUAAUUCAACUAUAUUACGUCGAAGUUUAAUUCCUUUCCUAAGAAUAAAUGAUUUAGAAAAAUUCCAAGAUGAAAAGAAUUUCAUUCCUUUGAUGUUGAGUUGGUGGAAUCAAUUAUUAACAAAUAAAUUUAAUAAUAAAAGAAAUGAAUUAUUGGAAUGUAUUUCAAGAUUAUUACCUUUGGAUUUACAUGAUAAUAUAAUGUUGGAAAGAACUUAUCAAUUUUGUUUAAGUCUACUUAAUAAUUCUAAAACUUUAACAACUUCCCAUUCAGCAUUCAUUGGAAAAGUUUUUGCAUAUUGUUUUUAUAAAACUAAGAAUCAAGAGAUUCUAUCCCUUUUAAAUCCUAAAAAUUGUAAAGUUUUAAGUUCUUUUAUAUAUCAUUUUGUUUUAAUUAUUAAGAAGUAUAAUAGUAAUGGUCAAGAUUUGGUAUUUAUUAGAAAUAAAAUCUAUCAUACUUUAAGACAAUCAAUAUUGGUAACUAUAAAUCCUCCUCCUCCAAUACGUACACCUCCACAACAGUCAUCAUCUUCUUCCACCACCACCACCACCACCACAUCAACAUCAACACCUUCUCAACGACUGCAACUGCCGCCAAAACAACAACCAUCAUCUCAGCAAACAGUACAACCUACUCUGGGAUCCAUUGCACAACCUGUACUUAAUCAACAAUCACCUCAUACAGGCAUAUUCAGAGUAGUACGAUCUUUAAUUUUCAGAGCAAAAUCUAAUGAUCCAAUAACUGCAUCCAUUGUUAAAACAGUUGAUGAUUGUUUGAUGUCAAUUGCAAAAGAAACUUCUAUUCAUGACGUUAAUAGAAAUGGUAUAUUAUUAAACAUAGUUGGUGAGUUUAUUAAUCAUAUAAAUAUCCAACAAUAUUUAUCCAUUGAAGAAGAUGAGGAAGAAGUUGAAAAAGUAACACAGGAAAAUCCAGAAGAUCGAUUUAUUUCUGUUAUAGAUUGGGAAUUUUGGUUAAGUUGUAACUAUAUGAUGAUUCAUCAUUGUGAUCAUGUUCAAAUUUUACUUAAAAGUUUUACAUUUUUAUUCAAUACUUGGGAUAUGAUUCCUGAUUCAUUAUGUUUGAAUAAAAAACCUGGUGAACCAUUUAAAUGGAUUAUGAAUUUACAAGAUUCAAUUAAAACAAAUUUUGUUAAUCAUUGUUUAGCUAGUGAUGAAAAUUUUAUUCGUUUAAUGAUUCAUUGGAAUCCAUUGGUUCGUUCAUAUUAUAUUAAAUUAUUAGUAUGGAGAAUCAUUGGUAUUAAUAAUUAUCAAUCAUCAAUUAAAAUUCAAAUGACUGGAAAUAUUCAAAUGAAAUUAUUUCAAUCAUUUAAAUUUUUAGAAAAUUUCACCAUUUUAUAUGAUGGAAAUUUAGAUUUGAAUUAUAAACCUGAUAAUCCUUUGGUUAAUAGAAAAUUUGGUAUAAUUCCUAUAACAAUUCGUGAUGAUUAUUUGUCAAUUGAUGAAACUAAUGGUAAUUCAGAUUUAUCCAUUCCUGCUACUUUGAAUACUUCACAAUUGAGAAAAACACAUCCAUAUGAAGUUUUAGAUGAUGCUGUUUAUACAUGUUCAAGUUCAGUUCCUAUUAGUGAAGUACGUACUGGACCAACGACUCCAAAGAAAUUAACUAGUAGACUGUCUCCAUCACCAAAAAGAUCUUCUUCAUCACCAUCGAUAUCAACAGCAACUAAUAAUUCAUUGAUGAAUUCAUUAGGCAAAUUAUUCAAAAUAUUGUCUACUGAUGACAAUAAUGCUAACAAUAAACUGAAACUUAAUGAUAUUCAAGAAGAUGAAGAUUAUUCAAGUUCAAAUUGUGCCCCUCCGAAAAUGAAGAGGAAUUCAGUUUCUUUAACUUCAUUAUCUACAGCAUAUUCAUUUAAAUCUAGAUCUUCCAGUCCAAGUAUAAUGUCAUAUAAAUCAAAUCCAACAGAAUCUUCAUCUGUUUCAACUGAUAGUGAUUCUAUUCAAUCUGAAGAUACUAUGAAUUCUAAUUCAACUAAUUCAGUUAAUAAUAUUCAAAAUGUUAAAACAAAUUCAUAUUAUAAUGUUCAACCACCUGAAUUAUCACAAUUACCACCAGAAAUCAUUCGACCAAUGUAUAAAUUUGAUAUUGUUGUUUGUCAUGAAUCAUUGAAUUCGAAAUUUUCCAUAAUUCAUCAUAAGAAUACACUUGUUAAUCAAAGAAGAUUAAUGCAUAGUAAGAAUAAUGAUGGUACAUAUUGUGUUCCAAAAUAUCAACCAACAACUAGUUAUUUCCCAUUGGUUCCUGAAAUUCCAAUGAUUUCAAUUUUUAUUAGUUCUGAUAAUUUUGGUAAUAAUAGGAUUUAUAUUAAUGAAGAAGAUUCAAGUUAUUUAAAUUUAGAACAAUAUCAUCAUGAAUCAAGUAAUGGAUUAUCAUUUAAAGAUUUGAAUUUAAUUCAAGUUUUAAAUUUAGGUAAAUCAAUUAAUGAAUUUAAUGUUGUUGUUGAUGAAUUUAAAAGAUUUUUAAAUAAUAGAGUUGAAAUUGAUUCAAUUAAUCAAGGAAUGAUGAUGAUAUCUCUGGAAUCGGUUUAUUUCAAAAGAAUAAUUCCUUUCUUAUCAGUUGAUUCUUCAAAUGAAAUGAAAUGGUUAAAUGGGAAUUAG